AUGGAUUUGUAUCUUCUUGAACAGUUGCAUGAACAAAAACUACAAGGACAAAAGCCUGAUAGGAAUUUCAACCCUUCCGCUUAUGGUGUAGCUGUUGAUGCUAUCAAUGCACGAUUCCCUGUGAAAGUGAAUAAAGAUAAAAUGCAAAAUCGACUAAAGACUUUAAAAUGGAAAAUGGAUAUUGCCUUAGAAGUUUUCAAACGUGAUAAUGGAUUUGCUUGGAACGAUAUUACCAAAAAAAUUGAUGCAACAAAUUAUGUGUGGGAUGCUUUAAUUAAAUCUUAUCCUGAUGCAAAAAAAGUGCGCAAUGCGACACUUCCAUACCUUAAUUUGCUUCGUGAAAUUUUUGAAAAAGAUCGAGCUACGGGGGGAGCAACUGAAAGUGCGAAAGAAAAAAAUCGUCAUUGGACAAAUGAAGAAAAUGAACGUCGUUUGGCAAAUGAAGGAAAGACAAUUGAGGACAUUGAUGACUUAUUGGCCAGAAACGAGAUUGAUCUUGAAAAUUUUGAAGACGAAUAUACAAUUCAACAAUCCUCUACUGCUUAUGUUCCAUCUGCAUCUGCAUCUGCAUCUUCAUCUUCAUCAAAGGGUAAUAAGAAAAAGACAACCAAAACGGAUGAGCUUAACAACAAUAUCAAUAAUAUUACAGGCACGGAGAACAAAAUUGCAAGUGCUCUUGAUAAAGCAAAUGUCGUGGCUGAGAAAGCAAAUGCGGUGGCUGAGAAAGGCACACGACGAUUUUAUUUGGGAGAAGAAGUGUUUUUAGAGUUACAAGCGAUGGAGGGAAUUGACAAAACUUUUUUAUUUGCUGGUUAUGAUUUUCUUAUUUCGGAUUCGGUAGCUGCUGAAGGAUUUUUUGGAUGCCCAGUUCAUAUGCAUAAAGAUUGGUUGUCAUGGAAAAUGACUAUGAAGUCUUGA